UCCUCAUGAACAUGGCGAUCAAGAGCUGCCUUUUUCUCCACUAGGCAUACCCUCACUCGUAUAAAUGUAUAGAUACCGAUCAGUAGCCUUCUGCUCCAUGCUAUCUGAUGAACUAUAUGGGGUCGGUCGAGGGCAACAAGCAAGCUAAGUCAGUCACCAUGGCUGACAGGGCAUUGUUCCUUCUGUUGGUCGGUUUCUUGGUGAAUUUACCAGUGUCUGCUGACCAACAGACUUACAUAGUUCACAUAGAAAAGGCCAAGACACGGUCCGACCGAUGGCACGAAGCAAUAAUUGACUCGAUCUCGGAACUCUCGUCUCCUGAGGAAGCAGCAGCAGCACAAGGUACAACCCAACCCGAGCUCCUUUAUGUCUACGAAACUGCACUCUCUGGUUUCGCAGCGAAGCUCUCGAGCAAACAGCUCGACUCACUCAGCAAAAUCAACGGCUUCAUAUCGGCAACGACUGAUGAGUUGCUCAUCCUUCACACCACUCAUUCGCCUAAGUUUCUUGGCCUGAAGGUCGGGGAAGGACUUUGGAGUGCUUCCAGUUUGGCUUCUGAUGUGAUUAUAGGCGUGCUUGACACAGGGAUUUGGCCAGAGCAUGUUACUUUCCAGGACUCAGGCAUGCAGCCUGUACCAUCCCGAUGGAAAGGUGAGUGUGAAGGGGGCGUGAACUUCUCCGCCCGCAAUUGCAACAAGAAGCUCAUCGGAGCGCGAUCCUUCUUCAAGGGCUACGAGGCAGCCGCAGGGAGGAUUAAUGAAACAGUUGACUUUCGGUCCGCCCGGGAUGGGCAAGGUCAUGGAACCCACACUGCUUCUACCGCGGCAGGUAAUUUCGUGAAGAAGGCAAGCUUGUUCGAUUUCGCAAAGGGCUCUGCUGUGGGAAUGAGGUACAGUUCGAGGCUUGCUGCCUAUAAAGUUUGCUGGCAAUUUGGAUGCGCGAGCUCUGACAUACUCGCAGCUAUAGACCAAGCAGUAGUUGAUGGGGUUGAUGUGCUGUCGCUUUCUCUAGGAGGCCUUUCGAAACCUUUCUAUGCCGAUAACAUAGCAAUAGCUUCCUUCGGAGCAACCCGAAAUGGAGUUUUUGUCUCUUGUUCAGCGGGCAACUUAGGCCCAUCGCCUUCAACAGUCACCAAUACUGCCCCAUGGAUCAUGACCGUUGGGGCAAGCUACAUGGACCGAAGUUUCCCGACGAAAGUUAAGCUCGGUGAUGGACAAUCUUUUGAAGGUUCAUCCCUAUAUUCAGGCCCACGAACAAAGCGACUCCCACUCGUGUAUAAUACCACUGCAGGGGGCACGGGAGCUGGGUUCUGCCUCACCGGCUCUCUUGACCCAAAGCUUGUGAAGGGUAAGAUUGUGGUUUGCGAACGAGGAGUAAAUUCCCGAACUGCGAAGGGAGAGCAAGUGAAGUUAGCUGGAGGAGAAGGAAUGCUUUUGCUAAACUCGGAUGCUGAAGGAGAAGAGCUCUUAGCUGAAGCGCAUAUAUUGCCAGCCACUUCUCUUGGAGCCUCUGCAGCUAAUACUGUGAGAAGGUACGUAACCUCGAGCAUGAACCCGAGGGCUGCUAUCUCAUUUCGCGGGACUGUGUAUGGAAAUCCCGCACCCAUUAUGGCAGCAUUCUCAUCGAGAGGCCCGAGUAUAUUUGGGCCUGGUGUGAUCAAGCCCGAUAUCACGGCACCUGGGGUCAACAUACUGGCAGCCUGGCCGCCCAUCGUUGGACCGUCACUUCUUAAGAGUGACAAUCGGAGCGUAAAGUUCAACAUAAUUUCAGGUACUUCCAUGUCCUGCCCUCAUGUUAGCGGGCUCGCCGGGCUUCUCAAAUCAGUUCAUAGCAACUGGUCAGCCGCAGCAAUUAAAUCAGCACUCAUGACCACGGCUUAUACUCUAGACAAUAGACGAGCUCCAAUGUCCGAUUUGGGAUCCAACUCUGGCCUGGGAGACCCUUUUGCAUAUGGUUCAGGUCACGUGGAUCCAGAGAGAGCCUCAGACCCCGGCCUAAUCUAUGAUAUUUCGGCCAAGGACUAUUUGAAAUAUUUGUGCAGUCUGAAGUACACCCCUGCACAAGUAGCUGUUUUUGCCAAGAGGAAUUACGCUUGCCGAAGCAAUGCAGCUGCUCUACCCAGUGAUUUGAACUAUCCUUCUUUCGCAGUUCUAGUCAAUAAAACUGCUGGAAUAUUCUCAUUCGUGUACAAGAGGACUGUUACAAAUGUGGGGAUGGCUCCGAGUACUUACCGAGCACAUGUGGUCGAGCCUGAUGGAGUGUUAGUGACUGUCAAGCCUCGGACUUUGGUCUUUGGCAAACGGGGAGAGAAUCUGAGCUAUAAGGUGAUUUUUGCUGCAUCAAAGGGGGCACCUAACUUGACAAAUUCGAGUUUUGGGUCGAUAAUUUGGGUGUCAGGGAGGUACAUUGUUAGAAGUCCCAUAGCAGUGACUUGGGUAUAGAGAUUCUCAAAUUGUUCUCUUCAUGUAAAACUUUCAUAUUGGCUGCAAAAGUGAAGCAAGUGUUUUGAAUAA